UGCUCCGUAUCGCACAAGGUCCACACAAUGUCACAAAAAGUUCGUAUUGCGAAACUUCCCACUUUUCACCCAACAUGCAAUAUUUGCAUUGUUUGAUGCACCAACCGUCGGCCCUGAACCGGACCUUACGAGGGUCACUCAGAACGAAGAGCUUAUGUUCAAGACCAUCGCGACGUUAGUACCUACGGAGGUUACCUUCAACAGACUGUUUGAUUUAGGCCAAUAUCCGGAUGGUGAAUUCGCAGCUGCGAAAACAUAUUCAAGUGUUCCCAAUUCAACGGGUGGUCAGGCAUGGGACCUGAUUCAGCGUACAAGAUUUGGGUGGAAGCUCGUACUCGUCAAGAAAGGACUUGCCCACAAAUAUUAUUUUGAAAUAUAUAAUGCUGAACGUCUGCCUGUCGUCUCUGAGAUACUCGAGAUACCUACCUUGAUCCUGAACACCAUUCCUUUCAUGUUCGAUAUCAACUGCCGAUUCAGCAACAUCUCCGUUGAUACUAACCCAAUCUGGGGUGCACUGGAUACAUGCGACACGAGUGUCAUGCGAUUAGCAGUCGUUCUAUCAUCAUCGACAUCAGUGACGCCUGUCGCAUCUCUUGCAGGCCUUGUGCUUCUUGAUCAGGAGGACUAUACUUUUUCGGCUUACCUCGUGGAAGCUGGCUAG